AAACAAGGCGCGCUGAUCGCAGGACCGCGCCAUGAAGGUGCUCCGGCAUGUCGGCGGCGCAGCAUGUGAAGCAUCGACGACCCCCAAUCUGCAACGGAGUCAGAUAGCAAAUCAGAGGGACGCGCCCAAGAUUCUGCUGGAUUUGCUACCACGGAAACACUUCGGCCAGAGCGGAAAGACUUCAACAGUUGAAACUUGAACAACGAGAAUCCAUGGCAAAGUACUUGGUCUAUGCCCAGAGCCUUGCAAGUUUUGAAGAGCAACCUCGCCAGCAGAUCUGGCAGCAGCUUUACCAGCUGGGAGUACCGUGGUGCUGCCAUGUUGCUGAGCACCUAUCCUCCGCCAUGUGUGCAGACAUCACGUCCGCAGCCUCUUGGGCCUUGGGUCUGGGAGUCAGGCAUAGAGAGGCCGCGGUGACAUUCGUGGUGAAGCAGCUGCCGACGUACUACACCCAGGAGAUGUUCGUGUCCGAAUUGGUUGAGAGUGGCUUCAAGGGCCAGUUUGACCUCCUCUACAUCCCUUGCCACCCAGAACAAGGCUGCAAUAUUGGGUAUGCAAUUGUGAAUUUCACUCAGCCAGAGUAUGCCGAGCAAUUCCGCGCAUCAUUUCCACACAAAUCCUUGGAUGAGCAGACGAGAAUGACUGGGGAAGGCUUGGUAGUUGAGCCAGCCCCCACACAAGGCUCUGAGGCCAACUGCUACCAUUUCGCUCUGAAAUGGUCUGGCAGCCCACCAUUGGGUCGACCGCAGUUGUGCCCGUUGCAGCCUUCGGCCACUUUCAAUGACCUGCAUGGACCCGGUGACCUACGCGACCAACGCGCUGUUUUCAAUGUUUUCAAAAUGCCAGUGAGCAGUAGUGAGCCACAUGCGGCAAGAGCCGUGUUUCAAGAAGCGAAUCUUUUUCGGCUUACCCUCUGGUAAUUUAACAUAGCUAUUGAAC